GAUGAUGUUGUAUGGCUGGCACCUUUCCUGACCAACAACGUCAGCUACUUCUCCAGGCUAAAGAACAUCAGCAUUUAUGGCGCCGUUUGCUGGGUUCAGACGGCUUUGGCCAUGUGCAUCGCAUACUCGGGCAAUAAGAUUGUGGAAAUGUUGACCCGCAAUUCCAAAGACGCAUGGUCUUCAGAGAAGAUCCUGACGGUGCUCGCCGGUUCGAUGCUGGCUGUGUACUCCAUCAAGUUGGUCUAUGAGUACAUGACCGAGUCGGAUGGCGACCCUCAGGAUACCAAGGAAGAUGCCGGCGAAGAGAACAAAUACGCGAAAGUCAGCCCUUCAGACCUGGAGGGCGGCGGAGAGCUCACCCCCGGGCGCAAUGAGUCCAGGCAGCUCAUGUCAGCGAGAAACCGACCUAUCGAAUCUGCGAACGCAGAUCCAGAGAGGAAAAUCGCGGACGACAAGGCAUCUCGGUCAGCUGUCGAUGAACCCGUGUUCCCCCAGGAAUCCCAGAUCUUAUGA